AACAAAUUUUUAAAUAGCUAUUUAGCUUUAUAGAUAUAUAUUGGCACUUACCGAAUAGCUUCUCUUCUGUACGCCAAUAGCUAAAAUGCAUUUUAGCGGUCUGUUAUUGAUGGCAUAUAUGGUUUAUCCUUCCGUGUUUGCUGAGGACCUUAGUUAUCAAGCUUGUGUGGAUAAAUACUCAAGAAAAGGAUAUCAGCCUUGGCAGGAGUGGUCGGAUCAUUACACUUGCCACCGGUAUAGAUGUGAAAUCAGAGACGGAAAAUACUUCAUAGCCGCGGUUGGUUGUCGAAAACCGAAAAUCCCUGAAAACGCUUUGGAGUGCCACGAAUACAUUGAAGACGAAAACGUAGAAUUCCCAACCUGCUGUGCUCGUCUAAGAUGCGUCGUUGAAGUGAACGGAGAUAGGAUCGUUCAAACUAGAGGACAGCCUGGAGAGCUGUUCCCUGACAAGCCAUGGAAGGGUCAGCAGAAUGAGCCAAACCCUGCUGUGGUCGGCAUGGGAGGUAUCCCACAGGCCAACGUCGCUACCGACCAGCAAGUACAAACGUCCCCCGGAAUGUUCAACAGUAGAGGUGCGGGUAAGGCGGAGGGAACUGAUAUUAAUGGAAGGCGCUAUGUAGACCCAUUCCCGACUCAGCAAAUGCAAGAAUCACCUCGCAAAAAGAGAUCCCCUGCUCAUAUGAUCUCUAAGAGAAACCAGGAAGCUGACGUACACCCGAACCAUUCCACUCAUCGAGCUAAAGUCCAUGGCUACGUUCCGGAAAAAUACACGUCCUACUUCGCGACUGGCACCAAAAGCCAUGGUCACCCUAAAUUACUUUUCAAUUAUUCUUAGUUUACAAAAUUAUUAUUCGUACCUAUCAACCUUAUUCGUAUUAAAUUUCUCACACUUCGUGUUGAAACAUCAGUGCAAUAGCUUUAGGUAAUAGCAAUAAGUUAAAGUACUUUUAUUUGUUUUGCUUGAUUUUGGGUAAUGUUUUCAUACUCGUUGUUUUAUCAGUUUUGUUUAAUAGGCUAUAGGUGUUUGACAAAAAUAAUGCAAUUAGGAUAAUGUUUCUUACUCUAAUACCCUAGUCCGUUAUCCCUUGUUGUUAAUGUUACAAAACUGAAAGAAAAUUGAUACAAAUUUCAAUGAUUUCCUCAGAUGAAUUAGAAUAUCUUUUUAUUUAUUCCGAAUACCAAAGGUCUUCUUAUGUUUGGAACUCAUAAUAGAAUAAAUGGUUUUGCACUAAAAAUGUAAGAGCACAAUAAUAUUUAAAGCGUGUGAAGAUUUUUUUAAUAAAAUAAACUAUUUUUCAUUACAAA